CCUCGUCGGGGGCCGGUGGCGGCCUCGGCUUCCGGCUGCCGCCCCUCCCCUCCUGUUGUGUAACCGUCCCUAGCCCCCCCUCCGUUUCGAUAUUUUAUUUUUUCCCCCUUUCCGUUUAGUUCCGGACGCUCCGGGACGAGCAGAAAGGUUCCUCCGCAAGACAAGACAUUCCCUCCCCGGGGGAGGGUGUGGUGUCGGGGCCUCGGGGCUUCAGGCGAGGCCGGGGAUGCGCGGCCUGGCGCGGGCCGGGCCGGGCGCGGGGGAGGUGACGGGCGGACCCAGAUCCGGGGUAAUUUGCAUCGCCCUCCCCCCAGCCCGGGUGGGGAUUGGCCGGGCGGCGGCAGAGGGUGGCGCGGGGCCGGGCUCAGCGUCGCCCGCCGGGGCUCGGAGCCGCCAGCCCGCCGCAGGCAUCGUCACGGUCGCCGGGGCCCGCGCGCCGCCCGGGAAGGAGGUGUUGGCGCGGAAGAUGGCUGGCGGCGUGGACGGCCCCAUCGGGAUCCCGUUCCCGGACCAUAGCAGCGACAUCCUGAGCGGCCUGAACGAGCAGCGGACGCAGGGGCUGCUGUGUGACGUGGUGAUCCUGGUGGAGGGCCGCGAGUUCCCCACGCACCGCUCGGUGCUGGCCGCCUGCAGCCAGUACUUCAAGAAGCUGUUCACGUCGGGCGCUGUUGUGGACCAGCAGAACGUGUACGAGAUCGACUUCGUGAGCGCCGAGGCGCUGACGGCACUCAUGGACUUCGCCUACACGGCCACGCUCACGGUCAGCACGGCCAAUGUGGGCGACAUCCUGAGCGCAGCGCGGCUGCUGGAGAUCCCGGCCGUGAGCCACGUGUGCGCAGACCUGCUAGAGCGGCAGAUCCUGGCUGCCGACGACGCCGGCGACACGGGCCAGCCCGACGGGGCAGGACCCACGGACCAGCGCAACCUGCUGCGUGCCAAGGAGUACCUGGAGUUCUUCCGCAGCAACCCCAUGAACAGCCUGCCUCCUGCUGCCUUUCCGUGGUCCGGCUUCGGGGCCCCUGAGGACGACCUGGAUGCUACCAAGGACGCCGUGGCCGCCGCCGUGGCCGCCGUGGCCGCGGGUGACUGCAAUGGCUUGGACUUCUACGGCCCGGGGCCCCCGGCCGAGCGUCCCCCCACGGGCGACGGGGACGAGGGCGACAGCACCCCGGGGCUGUGGCCCGAGCGGGACGAGGACACCCAGGCCGGAGGCCUCUUCCCGCCGCCCGCGGCCCCACCGGCUGCCACACAGAAUGGCCACUAUGGCCGUGCAGGGCCUGGGGAAGAGGAGGCGACGUCGCUGUCCGAGGCGGCCCCCGAGCCCGGCGACUCCCCAGGCUUCCUGUCGGGCGCAGCCGAGGGCGAGGACGGCGACGCGGCCGACGUGGACGGGCUGGCGGCCAGCACGCUGCUGCAGCAGAUGAUGUCGUCGGUGAGCCGGGCAGGGGACAGCGACGAGGAGUCGCGCGCGGACGACAAGGGCGUCAUGGACUACUACCUGAAGUACUUCAGCAGUGCUCACGAGGGCGACGUGUACCCAGCCUGGUCGCAGAAGGGCGAGAAGAAGAUCAGGGCCAAGGCCUUCCAGAAGUGCCCCAUCUGCGAGAAGGUGAUCCAGGGCGCCGGCAAGUUGCCCCGCCACAUCCGCACGCACACUGGCGAGAAGCCGUACGAGUGCAACAUCUGCAAGGUUCGCUUCACCAGACAGGACAAGCUGAAGGUGCACAUGCGGAAGCACACGGGGGAGAAGCCGUACCUCUGCCAGCAGUGCGGCGCGGCCUUCGCGCACAACUAUGACCUGAAGAACCACAUGCGCGUGCACACGGGGCUGCGGCCGUACCAGUGUGACAGCUGCUGCAAGACCUUUGUGCGCUCCGACCACCUGCACAGACACCUCAAGAAGGACGGCUGCAACGGGGUCCCCUCGCGUCGUGGCCGCAAGCCCCGUGUGCGGGGUGUGCCCCCCGACGUCCCCACUGGGGCCGCUGCGCCCCCUGGGCUCCCUGACACCCCGCGCAACGGCCAGGAAAAGCACUUUAAGGACGAGGAUGAGGACGAGGAUGAGGCCAGCCCCGACGGCUCGGGCCGCCUGAAUGUAGUGGGCGGCGGCGGUGGCGAUGGUGCAGGCGGCCCCGCGGUGGCCGCCACGGAGGGUAACUUUGCAACCUGACUUGUACUCAAAACAAAACAAACCAAAAAACAAAACAAAGAGAGAACAGAGAGAAACCACACCCCCCCAGCACCACAGCUGUCUGUCCAGACGCCCUCCAUCCAUCCACGCGCGGACCUGUGUGCGUGUAUAUAUCCAUGGCCGUUGCGGGCACGCCUGCCUCUCAGAUUCUUAGGACGUGGCCCCACCCGCUCCCAUGCUCCUCGCCCCGUCCGCGUGGGGUCCCACCCCGGGGGUUCCCUGCCUGCUCCUGGCUAAGGUGAGGGUGAUGGGGACCCCCAGGACAGGCGCCCGGCUCCUUGCUGGUUGGUUUUAGGGGUCUCAGACAGACCUUAAAUGCUUUCUGUCCACAGUGAGUGGACGUUAAAAUGGUCCCCGGCUCCCCACCCUCCUUCCUCAGGGCACUUACUAAAGAGGGGGGUGUCCCCUCGGCCUCCCCGCUCCCGCCCCGCCGUGGCCUCGCACCUCUGCACACACCCUGGCCACCACUGAUACACAAGUCUAUUUAUUCCCUAUCUGGGUGGCCGGAGCUGGGGUUUGGGGGGCCGCCGGGGCCCCGCCACCCUCUUUCACGGCACUUACACCUGGCGGGGUCCUCGGAGCCACUGCUCAGGGUGACCCCCCACCCUCCUGUCUCCGCUAGCCGACCUCUUCACCCUGCGCCCCACUUUUUAAAGCACUUUUUAGAUCUAUUUCCCCUUUUCCUCCUUAAAGACAGUUUAUAUAGAGAUAUAGAGAGAGAUAUAUAUAAAAUAUCCUUUUUCUCAGAGGAGCCGGCAACAGUUUGGGGGAAUGUAGCCAAGAUCUGAGGGAACCCCAGAACUCAGGCAGGGACAGGGGAGGGGGCAAGAGAGGCCACAGCUUAAUAUCACAAAACAGCAAUAAAACCCCAGGAUUUUAGUAAACACGAAGGCAGAACAUAAAAACUUUAAAAAAAAAAUGAGCAAAAGCGGCGACAGCCACGAGGGGAUCUUGGCACUUUGUAAAUGAACGGGUACUUUUCAUUCUUACUUAAGAAAUGUUUACAAGUUGCACCCAGCUUCUAUGAAAAAUUGGAGAGAGAGAGAAAGAGAGAGAGAGAGAGAGAGAGAGAGCGCGCGCGAGCAAGCAGUGGAAAGUAAGUCAAUUUAUUUUUGUAUAAAAUAAAAGAAACCCAACCCAUUGCUCCGGUAGAAUCCACGUGUGUUCCCGAGGCUCAGGGCGGGAGGCAUCCUCCGAGGGAAGGGACCUAGGGUCCCGAGUCUGCCAGGCCCCCUCCCUGACCCCAGCUCACUGAUUUUCUCCUGUCUCCGUUGGAGACACAGGCCCGGGCAGCUGCUGCCCCCUCCGGCUCGCCAGUUUGCUUCCCAGCUCAGGGAUGUCCCCGAGAGAGGGCUGGCUUCACGCCAGCCAGAUCCUGCCCGGCCCCCUUCCCGUGUGACGGUCCCCCUAGGCACCCCCUCUUUUUACUCAAAGGCACUGACUGUAACCCAGGGGCUGGCACCUGGCCCCGUACGCCCCAAACUCCGGCUUUACCCCAAAGGCCCGGUGUGACCGAGCCACAGGCCACGGACGGCCGGGGUUAGGGGCGUCGCUGCCGGGUGCCAGCGCACAUGGAGGCGCCCCUGUGUCCGUCUGUUGACAAAACGACCUUUUCCUUGGUUUUAAAGGGAAGCCCCGUAAGAAGGCCACUUUCCAGUCUCUAGCAGAGAGGGUUUCCUUCUCAUCCCCUCCCAUCCUGCUAGUUCCCCCAGAUGUCUCAGGAUCCCCCCUUGGGGCCAGCAGAAGGGGCGGCCCAGGGGCGGGGUGGUGCUGGCCUCCCUCGCACCCACUCCCACAUGAGCGUGCCGGGAGCCGUGCUGUGGCGAGCAGAGCCCAGCAGCCCCCACUCCUGCAUCCUCGCAAUAAAACCAACUAGUCACGUCAUCCUGGCCAGUGGCCACCAGACUUGGGCCGGUGGGGCCCUUGGGGACUGGUGGGGGUGCCCCCUAGCCCGCCAGCGACAACGCGAACCCCCUGGGAAUUGCACUACCCCCUCGCCCCCGCUCGGCGCUCGCUUCUGCCCUCCACACCCACCUUGCCUUAACCCUCAGCCCGUCCUGGGGCCCGCAACCACCGCAUGGACCCAGCGCUGGGACCCCAAGGCCGCUCCCUGCUCCCGUGUACUGCAAUCACUGUAUAUAGAACGCGGAUCGAUUCUUACAGAUUUUUAUUCUUUAAAUUAAGGCCGUGAUAAAAGUUGCCAAAGAGAAUUGUGGAAUUCACUAGGGGCUCGAGAGGAGGGUGCUGUGGAAGGGGUUUUUUUUUUUGUUUGGCUGUUUGGGGGUUUAUCUGUGUGUGUUUGUGUGUGUGUGUGUUUGCGUGUGUGCGUUUGGGUUUUUGGUUGUUUUGUUUUUUGUUUUCCUUUUUUUAAUGCCUGGUACCAUCAACAAAAAGAAAAGAAAUUGGGGAAAAAAGACAACAAAUUUGUUACUUCCAUUAUGGUGAAUUUCUGUUGUGUGAGUGUGAGACUGAGAGAGCCCAGUCUGGGGGUACGGGGACCCCAGGAUUGGGAGGGCAUGCGGCCUGCAGCUGUCCCCAGCUGUGACCUGAGCAUAGACCACCCCUGCCGAGUAGUGCUGCGCUUUUGCCUUCCUACCCCUACUGGCCUUUCGAGAUUAAGAAAAAAAUAAAAAGGCAAAAAAAUAAUAAAAACGAAAACUCUAUAUAUAUAUCUACAUAUAUAUAUAUAUAUAGAAACCAAUGAAUGUAAAUGGCAGAGUUGGCCCAGCCGCGGCCCCGCCAAGCUGGGCUCGAGUGCGCAGAACCAAAGUGGGUGCCCUAGCGGUCACUCGGGGACGCCCCCGGCGUCCCCCGCCCUGUCUCCCUCUUUGCGCACAGCUGACCUUCCUUGAGGGUGCUCCAGCGGAUCCCCUGGGUGGGCGGCCAGGGACGGGCACAGCAGCAGCCUUGCAGCGGGCGGACCCCAGGCUGGCUGUUCAGGGUCCUGGGUGUCUUCGGUGCAAGUAGCAGGGACUGCAGGGGACACAGGUCGAAAGAAAAAAUAGAAAAAAAAAACAUAAAAAGAACAAAAACCGACAAAAAAUAAAGAGAGCAAAAUCCUAUUUUUUGAGAAAGAAAGAUAUUUAUAUUUGCAAUUUUAUUUUAAAAAGUUAUUUAAGCUGAGGAACAGCCUUCCCGGAGUUCGGGUGGCUGGCGCCGGACGGGUCAGGAGUCUUGGGGGGCUCCUCACCCCAGGAACGAUUAUCUCAGUUCAGAACUAGCUCGCACUAAAUAAUGACUUCCCUUGGUGGGGGGAGGGGUUUCAGGAGACAGAGGGCCAGGGGAGUCCUGCCCUAGGCCCAGAACGAGGUGCCUUGGAUUUUUGGGGCCCAGGCCUGGUGCGUAGGGGUCCGGAGCACAGCACAGACAUUCCACUGACUGGAUGUAAGAAUCUUUAUAAAAAGUGUGGGAGGCAGAACGAAAACAAAUCAAUUGAUUAAAAAAAUGCACUUUUCGGGGGUGGGGGGACAAGCUUUAAAAGUAAUAAAAAACAAACAAAGAUUAUGAAAAAUCCGAAAAAAUAGAAUUCAUUUUUCUUGUACAUAAAAGAGAAAACCCAACCACUAAAUGCAUCCUGUUACGA